AUGAUGUGGCUUUGGCUUUGUGUGCUGGCUUUCGCGGUGUCUCCCGCAGCAGGGGUGAUGGGAGGAGCACCAGCCGCGCCUCCGGAGCCCGACGCUGCCGUGGUCUUUACGCAAAAAUACGGCCUCAGCGGUCGCUUGGAAGGCAUGAAGGACGACAGAAGAGGAUACUACAUUUUCUCUGGAAUAAGAUAUGCAGAACCUCCAAUCGGGCCUAGAAGGUUUCAGCGACCAGUCCGUCGAUACCUAUCUGGUGAGCUGACGGCUAAGUCGAACUGCGCACCGUGCCCUCAACUUGACCCUCGAGGCACGGGAGUGAUGAUAGGUCAUGAGGAUUGCUUGUGUCUUAAUAUCUUUUCUCCUAAAAUGCCAGGAGAGGAAGAAGGUAGUCCCGUUAUCUUAUUUAUCCAUGGCGGCAACUAUCGGACUGGUUCUGCGGCACCAUAUGGAGGUCAACUUUUUGCCCAAAAAGAUACUAUAGUAGUAUCUGUUCAAUAUCGUUUGGGAUCCCUCGGUUUUUUGAGUACGGGACAGAGGGACGCAUCAGGAAAUACAGGUCUCUUUGAUCUCCGAGCUGCUAUAGAAUGGAUCAACGACUACAUAGAGUUCUUUGGCGGCGAUAAGUCGCGUCUGGUUGUAAUGGGACAAGGUUCUGGCGGAAGUGCUGCAUCACUCCUCGCUCUGUCACCUGAAGGCCGAUCUUUUACUGGGGUCGCUGCAUUAUCAGGGGCUCCUCUAUCGCCAGGUGCGAUAAGGGAUGAUCCCAAUAGACAUGCCGAAGCAUUAGCAGAAAAAACAGGGUGUCCGAAGGCUCCAGCUGAAAGGUUACUUUUAUGUCUCAGGAAAAUACCAGCAGAAAAGAUUGUACAGGCGGAUAAGGAAAUAAGUACAGACAUGAUAGAUACAAAGGCAUUUUUAGAUGAAAUAGCUGGCCGUGGUGGUUCAGGAGCACGCGUAGAAGGUUUAGAUGACAAGCGAGGUCUGCCGCCGGUGGUUUACGAGGAGCCUUCGAAAUCGUUGAAGAUGAAACAACAACAAUGCCCCAUGCUCACCGGUGUCGUCUCCGCUGAGACUUCUAAAGCUGUGUUUGGUAAAUAUGGUAAAUUCCUUACCGAAAAAAUGAACGCUGUCAAAGACUUCAUAAAGAAGGAUCUAAUUGGUGGUCUCCGCAAUACGGUGCAGGACAUACAGAAUGUACUCCCUGAUGCUAGAGAACUACUUCCCCUGCCCGACUACUACCAAGCGAUUUUCGACAGUUCUUUGAACGUAGUAGAUGGGCUCAGCGAAAUAGCUGAAGCAACAGGAGACGCUUUAUUCAACUUUCCUGCUUACCAAAGUGUUCGAGAGUGGAGCACGGGAUCUCCAGCCUUCCUAUAUAGUUUCGAGCACGUCGGCAAUCUAAGCAAGGGCUCUCACUUCCUACCUGGUCUUGCAAUUACCCAAGGACCAGAUAAUACUAUUGAAGGCUCGGAUAAAAGGAUUAAAGGCCCAGCACAUGGAGAUGAAUUGGCGUAUCUCUUCGAACCAUUGGAUGAUGAAGGCAAAUCAGUGGGAGGGCAAAUUUCAGAAAUGGAUGCGAGAGUUCGAGACUCAUUUGUCGAUCUUAUAGCCAAAUUUGCACAUAGAAAGCCUGAAAAUAAAAACAUGAAAAAUGUAACAAACAUCUUUGGUUUUCUACCAUUCUCUUCAGAUAGCGAACAAUAUAUUAAGAUUACCGAUAAAAUAACAUUAGAUAAAAACUUCAGAUUUUGCCAAAUGGGACUUUGGGGUAAUAUGGCUGAUAGAAUAACUGGCGCGAUUUGUAAAAACGUUUUGGGUAAUAUAUUGAAUCUACCCAAGCUUCUUAAUCCACUGGACAAAUUAACAUUGACAAAACCCACUAUACCAGGAUUGCCAACACUUUUGAAUCAAGGAAAUAGAAAUCAAAAUCGUCCAACUGAGAAGCCAAUGAUAUUUAGUAACCCAUUCGGUUUUUAAAAUGUAAUUGGUGCAUCUGUUACUUUGUGACAAUAAUAAAAUCUUUUGUUAUAUUUGCAUAGUA